AUGGCGCCGCGAACAGAGUGCACGACCUGCGAGCGCAGAGUACAGACAUCAUCUCUUCCCCGAGUUUGCAAGGACAGCGGCUGCGAUCAUGGGCGAGAGACAUGCAGAAGAUGCUGGCACAAAUGGAUCGAGACGCAGGUCAAAGGUGGCGCCGCACUCGACCAGAUCUCCUGCAUCCAGUGCAGCAACGUCCUAGUUCAAAGCGAUAUCAAGAAGCUCUGCACUGGUCCAGUGUACACAGCAUACGAAGAUGCACUACUCAAAGCAGCUCUCUCCCAAGACCCAGACUUCCGCUGGUGCAUUUCGCCAAAAUGCAAAGGGGGUCAGAUUCACCACGGCGGCGACAUCUUCACCUGUAACAGCUGCCGCCACAAGGCUUGUGUCCAUUGCAACGUGGCGUGGCACCCCGAGGAGACCUGUGAGGCAUACAAGCAGCGCAUGCAGAUCCAGCCCGGAGAAGAAGAGGCUUCGGCAAAGGCACUCGAGAAGGUUGCGAAGUUGUGUCCGAGGUGUAGUCGGAAGCUGCAGAAGAAUGGGUAA